AGGAGGAGAAAGGGGGGUGGGGCGGGCCCUUGGACUCCGACAGUGCCCAGGCAGGGCAGCAAGGGGCCGCCCGGCGCAGCGCGCUUGCCCCGCUCAGUCGGACCCAGCCGGCGCUGCUGCCUGUCCCCCGAGUCCCGCAUCCCGCGCCUCGGGCCGGACCCCAGCCCCAGCCAUGCCCGAGCAGCUCAGCGUCGCCGAGUUCCUGGCGGUCACCGCGGACGACCUUAACUCCCCGAGUGGCCCCGCCGCGCUCGCCUUCGCCGCCAAGAUGCCCCGAUGCCGGGGGGCGGCGUUGGCCCGGGAGGAGGCUCUUGAAGGGGACCAAGCCAUCCUGCAGCGAAUUAAGAAAUCAGUCCGGACGAUUCAUAGCUCUGGCCUUGCCCACGUGGAGAAUGAGGAACAGUACAGUGAGGCCCUGGAGACCUUCGGUAACAGCCACCUCUCCCAGAACAACCACGAGCUGUCCACAGGCUUCCUGAACCUGGCUGUGUUCACUCGGGAGGUGGCUGCCCUCUUCAAGAAUCUGGUGCAGAACCUGAAUAAUAUUGUCUCUUUCCCCCUGGACAGCUUGCUGAAGGGCCAGCUGAGGGAUGGUCGACAGGAUUCCAGGAAGCAGGUGGAGAAGGCUUGGAGAGACUAUGAGACCAAAAUGGCCAGGCUGGAGAAGGAGAAGGAGCGGUCCAGAAUGGCUGGAGGGGGCCCUGGAGAGGCCGCCCAGGACACCCAGCGAGAGCGCCGAGUCUUCCAGCUGCACAUGUGUGAGUACCUGCUCAAAGCCAGCGAGAACCAGAUGAAACAAGGUCCUGAUUUCCUCCAGAGCCUCAUUAAGUUCUUCCACGCCCAGCACAACUUUUUCCAAGAUGGCUGGAAGGCAGCUCAAAGCUUGUCUCCCUUCAUUGAGAAACUGGCGGUCUCAGUACACUCGCUGCACCAGGCCCAUGAGGAGGACAUUCAGAAGCUGACCCAGAUCCGGGAUUCUCUCCGGGGUGUCCUGCAGCUGGAGAGCAGAGAGGAAACUGCAAGUCGGAAGAACUCCGGAGGCAGCUACAGCAUCCACCAGCACCAGGGGAACAAGCAGUUCGGCACGGAGAAGUCGGGCUUCCUGUACAAGAAGAGCGACGGAAUUCGGAGAGUUUGGCAGAAGAGGAAGUGUGGAGUAAAGUACGGCUGCCUGACCAUCUCUCACAGCACGAUAAAUCGGCCUCCAGUGAAGCUGACGCUGCUGACUUGCCAAGUGAGACCGAGCACAGAGGAGAAGAAGUGUUUUGACCUAGUGACCCAUAAUCGGACGUACCACUUUCAGGCUGAGGACGAGCACGAGUGUGAGGCGUGGGUGUCCGUGUUACAGAACAGCAAAGAUGAAGCCCUGAGCAGUGCCUUCCAGGGGGAGUCAGGAGGUGGACUUCAGGGGAGCCCAGUGGGGCCCGGGCUGGAUGGGGACCUUCGGGACCUCACCAGGCUGAUCAUUGCUGAGAUCAAAAGCAGGCCUGGAAACAGUCAAUGCUGUGAUUGCGGAGCCUCAGACCCCACGUGGCUCAGUACCAAUCUGGGAAUCCUCACUUGCAUCCAGUGCUCAGGCGUCCACCGGGAGCUGGGUGUGCGCUUCUCCCGAAUCCAGUCGCUCACCCUGGAUGUGCUGGGGCCCGCAGAGUUGUUGCUGGCUGUUGGCAUUGGAAAUACACAGUUCAAUGAGAUUAUGGAAGCUCAGCUCACUUUGAACGGUGCCGUCAAACCCUCCAGUGAGAGCGACAUGAGCACCCGAAGAAACUACAUUGUGGCCAAGUAUGUGGAACACAGAUUUGCUCGCCGAGGCGGGUACGAGGCCCACAGGCUCUGGACGGCAAUCUGCAACCGGGACCUCCCGGCUGUCCUGGAAGCCUUUGCCAAUGGCCUGGACUUUGGACAGCCACUGCCUCGGCCAGAUGGGCAGCCUUCUGGAGAGCUUGCCCUGCACUUGGCCGUCCGCCUUGCUGACCAGACCUCCCUGCCCCUGGUGGAUUUCAUCAUCCAGAACGGAGGCCACGUGGACGCUAAGGCUCCGGACGGGAACACGGCUUUGCACCUCGGGGCCCUGCACAACCAGGCCGACUGCCUCAAGCUGCUGCUCAAAGGGAGAGCCUCCGUGGGCACAGUGAAUGACGCUGGUGAGACUGCCUUGGAGGUGGCCCGGAAGACCCGACACAAGGAAUGUGAGGAUCUACUGGAGCAGGCCCAGGCCGGGACCCUCAUCCUCCCACUCCACAUAGACUACCCCUGGGGGGUUUCCCCGGAUCCUGCAUCAGAGAGUGAGGAGGAGGAAGAAGAUAAGCGCUGUCCCAUCAAGCUCCCAGCCCCAGCUAGGCCCCGAUGGGGCUGUUCGGGUCUGGACAUAAGCAACAAGACCUAUGAGACCAUCGUCAGCCUGGGCCCCACGCAGACCAACAACAGAAGAGCCCACACAGAAGAGCUCCCUCCUCCUCUCCCUGUCAAAAGCCCUUCCCGGGCCUCCUCCCAAGGUCGGAUAGGACAUGGGAGUGGAGAUGGCCCAGAAGUUCUCAGCUCGGGCUCAGAACCACCUGGAUCCCUGGAGUCACCAUCUGUGUUCAGUCCAUCCACCUCCAGCAUCUCCAGUCCCACAGAAAGUAUUCUUACCCGGCCAGCCAGCUGUAGCUCCUCAAGUCCUCGAGUCCCAGGCCAGACUGAGGCCUGUUCGGAGGAAAACCUCUGGGAGGCCUCGGGGACAGCUCAUCCCCUCCCACCCUCAGGGACCACCUCUCCUGAGCAGCUUCCUCCAGUCAGGUUCAGCUCAGAGAGCACUCGAUCCUAUCGCCGUGGUGGUCGAGGCCUGGAAGACACCCCUGUGGCCAGGCAGCUGCCCCCUGGGCCCUUGGCCAGAAGAGCUGUAUCGAUCCCCCUUCCCAGCCAGCCCCAGGGGAAAUCCAAAAGAACUAAGUCCCUGACAGACGGCCGGAUGGAGGACACCCGAUCCCCCUCCACCUGCUCCCAGGGGGACGUGAGUGUGGCUCCGUACACUGAGGAUGAGCAGAGCUGGGAUGGCGUCACUGAAGCAGACGGCUCCAAAACUGGACUCCUCUUGGCCAGUUCCGUGAAGCUUUCACAGGACUGACCCCCCCUCCCAUACCCUGCCCAGGCUGGGCUUGGGCCAUCCCCAUCAGAGAAGAUCCCCGGCUGGGACUGGGACCAGUGGUCAGCUCAGAGGAUCAGCGAUCCAGGGGCGUGCUUGGUCCCGAAUUCCUCUUGCUGACCACAUCCUGGCAGAGGACUCACUCAAACCUGGGGUCAUUCUGAGGCAGUGGCAACCAGGGAGGGUUGAGGUGGACUUUUCAGCUGUAUCCAGGACCCCCCCAUUCUUGGAUCUCUGCUUUUGUUUCACCAUCGUCACCAGUGUGACAAUCCCAGCUGAGAGGCUAGUCUUGGCUAAUUUUUUUUCUCCCAGUGAGGCUUUGAUGGUGGAUUCUAAGAUAGUUAUUGCCGGACUCCCCCCUAACAGACUAAAAACUGAUUUUCUUCCUCAUCUCCCUUCCCCUAAGACAAGAACUACACCGACUCCAUCAAAUAUAAGAUAGGGCUGGGCUCUGUUUUCCCCAUCAUUUAUUCAUUUAACAAACAUUUCUCUUGACCCUUUUCUUUGUGCUGAACCUUAUGCAGAGGAAUCAAUCUCUGCCCUCAGAGUUAGUAGGAAAGCUUACAUUGUCCAGAAGGUCGGGACUGUGUCUCUUCCAUCAGGUCCAAGGGAAAAAAAGCCUCUGGGUUCAGAGAGUAUUCCGGCUCGGCUGUUUCUGGGGCUGGUCCUCAAACCCUGGCCUUGGGACACUGCAGGUGAAGAAGAAAAAAAGAGAGGGGCAAGGAGUUAUCAGACAGAAAGCUUAGCCAGGGGUGGGUAAGCAAAGCCAGAGUUCUGUCCCCCACAGCAGAAAAUAGGAAGACAUUUCCCCAGCACUCAGGUCAGAGAGAGGAAGAAAAGAGGAAGGGAAACUAGGGACGUGUGGGUCACCCUUCUCUGAAUCCCAUCUUCCCCCUCCUGCAGCCAGUCCUGAUUUCACCAACUCAAGAGUUCUCUUGCCUGGGAGGAAGGAAGGAAAGGGAAGUGGGUAGAUGUGACCCCAGAGGGAAUGAAUUAAGGAUUUCCCCAUGGUCUAUCCCAGUGUCCAGCAUUCUACUAUGAGACAUCCUUUGAGAUCUUAAAGGCUUCCGGGUCCCCAAGAGCUCUCAGUGAACAUUCAGAUAGUUUUGGAAGGGGGAACGAAAGAUAGGAGGGGACCUUCUUAGGAAUCUGUUAGGAGAGAGUGGCCACUAUGUGGAGAUUGGGUCUCUACACCAGUUACCCUUACAGACGUGACUGGCUCCCUGCCUCUAGGAGGACUGAGAUACUCUCAUGUUGUUCAUCUCAGACUUUUUGUCUCCCUGAUUUGGAAUAAAGACUUUAUCAUUGUUAUUUUUAGUAAA